CAACACAACACGUGGCUGAUCACCUUCUAAAAGCACCACCUCAUUCAGUCGAAACCGGAGGGGACAUUGGUUCCCCGCGCCAAUGUGAGACCUGCCGCAGGACUGAAAAGUCCGCAAAUACAUUUGUUGUUCUUGAUAUCUACAUCAUCCAUUCCCUUCGUCACAUACACAGCCCGUCGGAAAGAGAAAGGAAAGCGCGCAUAAUAAGAAAACCCGUCUUGCGCCGGGUAGGAUAGCAAAAUCUCGAGAUACGACCUAUUUGAAUCGCUUACACGCUCUCUCUCUCUCUUUCUGUCUGUCUGUCUGUCUGUCUGUCUGUGUGAUGGAUUACACCACUCUUCUUCGCCAUCUAUGCUACACAGCUUUGAUUGAAUUGUAUCCUGCAUGUGGGCGGCUGAGGGUCAUUUACCUCUCGCUCACCAUCUUCGCUUCCACAUCUCACCUCUCACUUCUACCUCUCACUUCUACCUCUUACUUCUACCUCUUACUUCUACCUCUUACUUCUACCUCUUACUUCUACCUCUUACUUCUACCUCCCACCAACCGAUGUCUCAGUUCUCACCUAUAUAUUCGCUUAUAUCUCUCGUACUACCAUCAAACAAUCAGGGGCACGUGGUCCAAUGGCUAGAGCACUCUCACAAUGUGAUGACGACCUCAGCUGACGACGGAUCAGGAGAGAGAGGCCCAGGUCCGAUUCCUGGCGUGUCCCACUUUUUAGUUGCUUU